AUGGUUUACCCAGAGACGUUCAGCGGAUUUGCUGUCACCGACUGCGACAAAUGGUCAGAGGCCACCAAGAUCGAGUUCACUCCCAAGAAACUGGGUGACUACGACGUCGACAUCAAGAUUUCAGCUUGUGGAGUGUGCGGGUCAGACGUCCACACCGUCAAGGCUGGUUGGUCCAAGCCUGAUUUGCCUGUGAUCCCAGGUCACGAGAUUGUUGGUAAGGUGGUUGCUGUUGGGCCCAAGGUGGAUGAUUUCCAGAUUGGCCAGAGAGUUGGCUGUGGAGCCCAGAUCUGGUCUUGCGGUACAUGCAUUGACUGUAAGUCCGAUAACGAAACUUAUUGUCCUCAGAUGGUUGAUACCUACAACGACCAUUACCCGGACGGAGACAAGACUUGGGGUGGCUAUUCUUCCCACGUCAGGGCUCAUCGUCACUGGGUGUUUCCUCUGCCUGAAAACCUGUCUGAUAGCGAUGUUGCUCCAAUGCUGUGUGCGGGGAUUACCACCUAUUCUCCCUUGGUGAGAAACGGAGCUGGCCCGGGAAAGAGCGUCGGGGUCAUCGGUAUCGGUGGUUUGGGCCAUUUCGCUAUUAUGUGGGCGAAGGCUCUUGGGGCAACAGUUUACACUUUCUCCAGAACCAGUGACAAGAAACAGGUGGCAACUGAACUGGGAUCCGAUUACUUUAUUCCAACCUGGGAAGAAAAGGAUUUCGCGACGAAGUACGCUAGAAAGCUUGAUGUGAUCAUCCAAUGUGGUAACUCGUCAGAAGGCUUUGAUGUGGGUAGCUAUAUGAGGACAUUGAAAGUUCACGGAAAGCUUGUGACUGUUGGUUUACCUGAGGAUAAUCUCCAGGUUAGUGUCGGCGACAUUUUCGGCAACGGUGCGCUGUUUGGUGCUUCUCAUCUCGGAAGCAGAAAGGAGAUGCUGGAUAUGCUGGAUCUGGCCUCUAAAAAGGGAAUCAAGUGUUGGUACGAAGAUAUUCCUAUCAGCGAGGAGGGAGUCAAGAAGGCCCUGGUGGGGUGUCAUGAGAACAAGCCUAGGUUCAGGUACGUGUUGACUGACUACCAAAAGAUUUUUGGUCAGGAGUGA